CGGCGGCGGCGGGCGGCGGGCGGCGGGUGGCGGCUCUGGCUGACCCGCACUGAGCGGGGCCGAGCGGACGGCGCUGCCCCGGCGCGAUGCGCUGAGCCUGCGGAGCACCGAGUGCGGGGCUGGUCGGCGGCGCAGGCAGCUGACCCCAUGAAGCAGGCAGGCCCCGGGGGGUGCCGGCGGGCGCCGCCGCGGCCGCUGCUGCUGCUGCUGGUCCUGCAGGUGGCGGGGCCCGCUGGCACCCAGGCUGAGACCCUGCUGGACGCACCAAGGGCCAUGGGCACCAGCUCCAGCCCGCCCAGCUCCGCGAGCGUGGUGGCUCCUGGAACGACUCCCUUCGAAGAGAGUCGCCUACCAGUGUUCACCCUGGAUUACCCCCACGUGCAGAUCCCCUUCGAGAUCACCCUGUGGAUCCUGCUGGCUUCCCUGGCCAAGAUUGGCUUCCACCUCUAUCACAAGUUGCCCACAAUAGUGCCUGAGAGCUGCCUUCUCAUAAUGGUUGGACUUCUACUAGGCGGGAUUAUUUUUGGAGUUGAUGAAAAGUCCCCACCUGCAAUGAAGACCGAUGUGUUUUUCCUGUAUCUCCUCCCUCCCAUUGUGCUUGAUGCCGGCUAUUUCAUGCCCACUCGCCCCUUCUUCGAGAACAUUGGCACCAUUUUCUGGUAUGCGGUGGUAGGGACGCUUUGGAACUCCAUAGGCAUCGGGGUGUCUUUGUUUGGUAUCUGCCAGAUCGAAGCCUUUGGCCUGAGUGACAUCACCCUGCUCCAGAACCUGCUCUUUGGUAGCUUGAUCUCAGCUGUGGACCCCGUGGCAGUGCUUGCCGUCUUUGAGAACAUCCACGUCAACGAGCAGCUCUAUAUCCUGGUCUUUGGAGAGUCCCUGCUGAACGACGCAGUGACAGUGGUCCUGUACAACUUGUUCAAGUCUCUUUGCCAGAUGAAAACCAUCGAGCCCAUCGACGUGUUUGCUGGAAUAGCGAACUUCUUUGUUGUAGGAAUUGGUGGGGUGCUCAUCGGCACCUUCCUGGGAUUUAUAGCGGCAUUUACCACUCGGUUCACGCAUAACAUCCGAGUGAUUGAGCCACUCUUUGUCUUCCUGUACAGUUAUUUGUCCUAUAUAACAGCCGAAAUGUUUCACCUCUCAGGUAUCAUGGCAAUCACUGCUUGUGCAAUGACUAUGAAUAAGUAUGUGGAAGAAAAUGUGUCUCAAAAAUCCUACACGACCAUCAAGUAUUUCAUGAAGAUGCUGAGCAGCGUCAGCGAGACCCUGAUCUUCAUCUUCAUGGGUGUGUCCACCGUGGGGAAGAACCACGAGUGGAACUGGGCCUUCGUGUGCUGCACCCUGGCCUUCUGCCUGGUCUGGAGAGCGCUGGGUGUCUUUGUCCUGACUCAGGUCAUUAACUGGUUCCGGACAAUUCCGCUGACCUUUAAGGACCAGUUCAUCAUUGCCUACGGAGGGCUCCGAGGCGCCAUCUGCUUCGCGCUGGUGUUCCUCCUCCCUGCUGCUGUGUUUCCCCGCAAAAAGCUCUUCAUUACAGCUGCCAUCGUUGUCAUAUUCUUUACUGUCUUUAUCCUGGGAAUCACUAUCCGACCACUGGUGGAGUUUCUUGAUGUUAAGAGGUCCAAUAAGAAACAGCAAGCUGUCAGUGAGGAAAUCCAUUGUCGGUUCUUUGAUCAUGUGAAGACUGGGAUUGAAGAUGUUUGUGGACAUUGGGGUCACAACUUUUGGAGAGACAAGUUUAAGAAGUUUGAUGACAAAUAUCUGCGGAAGCUUUUGAUUCGGGAAAACCAACCCAAGUCAAGCAUUGUGUCCUUAUAUAAAAAGCUUGAAAUAAAACAUGCCAUCGAGAUGGCAGAGACUGGGAUGAUAAGUACUGUCCCUUCUUUUGCGUCUUUAAAUGACUGUCGGGAAGAAAAAAUAAGAAAGCUCACACCUGGUGAAAUGGAUGAAAUUCGAGAAUUAUUAUCAAGAAAUCUCUAUCAAAUCCGUCAGCGAACAUUGUCAUACAACAGACACAAUCUGACGGCCGACACCAGUGAGAGACAAGCCAAGGAGAUUCUGAUCCGACGGAGGCACAGCUUGCGAGAAAGCAUUAGGAAGGACAGCAGCCUGAAUCAGGAGCGCAGGGCUUCCACGUCAACCUCUCGAUACUUAUCCUUACCAAAAAAUACAAAGCUUCCAGAAAAGCUACAAAAGAAAAAGAAUACUUCUAACACAGAAGAGGAAAGGCUAACGAUGGCUGUAGGCUAUGAAAAGCUAAUGAAACGUGGCAAUAGCAGUGACUCAGACACAGACGCUGGGACCACCGUCCUCAAUCUGCAGCCCCGAGCGAGGCGCUUCUUGCCAGAACAGUUCUCAGAGAAAGCCCCCCAGUCCUAUAAAAUAGAAUGGAAGAAUGAGGUAGACGUGGACUCCGGCCGAGGGCACCUCUGCAGCCCCUCAGCUCCCCACAGCAAAGAUGGGGGCACCCAGCUUCCAGGUGUGCUGCGGCAGCCCCUUCUCUCCAAAGGCCAGUUUGGCCCAGUGCAGGAACACCGUGCGCCCGAAGGUGUCCGCCCCAAGCCACCGCCCAGACUAGUCCGAAGGGCAUCGGAACCUGGAAGCCGGAAAGCCCGAUUUGGAAGUGAGAAGCCAUAAUGCAAAUGGCCAGAGCAGCCCUUCGGGUGACUGACCCAGCAUAGUUGUGGUUUGUUACUCUGAAACCUGACACAACUGUGGAAUCCAUUUAAAACCUUCUAUGCAUUGAAGUACUUCCUCUGGAUAGUAGAGUCAUGCCAUUGAUUAACAGGAUGAUUAGAGAUUAAUAGGAUGGAUAUUUAUUUCAAGAAAAGGAAAAUCAAAGAAAAAAGUCCCAUAAAAUGUCUUUCAGGACCUGUUGCUAGCAAUUGUAGUCUUUGCAAGCCUAGAGAAAAAAAAAAGUGCCUUUAUUGAACUGGAAUGACAGAACUUGAAAUUUUUAACACACCUUUGUUGGUGAAAAUUUUAAUAUAUACAUAUAUGCUUCAAAUUUUAUUUAUGAAAAAAUACGUAUAUCUGUAAUCAGUUUUUAAUGGCACUAAAAAUACUCAGAAUCUUUCAAAGGCAGCAAGGACAGUGCCUGGAGGAUGGUCAAGGUGUUCCUCUCUCUGAGCUGAUGACCAGCUGGGGAAGGAAGAGCGCAGUAAGGAACAGAGACGCCUGGAGACGCUCAUCAGGGGAACGACCAGAACAUCGAGGCACAUGGUGGCCUGGCUCCCAGAGCACAGAUUCCCAUGGAAUAGAGUUGGCUGCUUUUUAAUUUGUUCCUCAUUCUACUGUGUGUUUAGGGGUGACAGAGAGACUCUGCCUCUCUUUCAUGUUUAAAUGGUGCGAAGAACAAGGUUGUGUGUGUGAAACCAGCUUAUGGUGGAUAGCAGACUGGGGGCAGCUUUUGAUGAAGCUCCGCCUGUGGGGGCCCCCACACAGUGUGGGGAGACAGGACAGGGCCUGUUUGCAAUUUGUUGGCAGGUCUUAUAUAGUGCAAUACUGGGAGGAGGAUGCAGGAGGUUCCCUUUCAUGCCCAUAUGACUACCUACUUUAGAAUUUUUCUGUAGAACAUUCUAGAGCUUUGAAUCCAGGUCAGAGGCUCCAAGCAGACAAGGAUGGAAGUUUAUAUAAACAGUAUCCCAAUGCUUAACAAAUUGGUGAUCGUUCAGGUUCUGAAUUUAUUCAGGAAGCACUUGGAGAAUGUGACAUUUCCAUCGUUUGCACUGGAUCGUACUUUGUUACCUCUCCCCCCUCAAUAAAGUAGUAGCUCAAAUUCUUCAUAUAAAAAUGGAUUCUACUCAUCUGGGUACUUUAUGAAAGCACAGAAGAAAGGCAGAAAGUGGAACAUAAUCAUUAAAGAUUAAUAUUUGAAUCUCUGACUCUUAAACU